UUAACAACUGGUUCGACGUACAGAAUUCACAAGUUAAGUACGGAAAGCAUCCAGGAGUCAACGGCUACGGAGUGGAUUUGGCGAAACAAGAACAAACUCUAGUAUUGAUGAAUUUAUAUACUGAGAGCAUGCGAGUUGGUUCCAGAAAGGAAUUAAUGCCUUUCCAAAAAGGUAUUCUCGUAAGCAAUCAAUCUAUACGAGGAUUGUUCCAAUACUUGCAAAGAAAAUAUCCAGAAGAGUGCCAGUACAUCAUUACGAGAAGACUUCAGCAGGACAUUCUCGAAAAUUUUUUUUCGUACCUAAGGGGAAUGGGUUCGACCAAGGAUCAUCCCUCAGCGUAUGACUUUAGGUACAGAAUUCGGUGGUACGUUCUCGGUAAGCACUCGCAAGCUGUGUUUACCUUGAACCGAAACACCGAAGAAGACAUGGAUACUACUUGCAUGUCUUCUUCCACUGUCAGUACGACAACUCGAAAUUCUAACGAGCAAUCAAGAACUUCGGCAACUCCAGUGGCAGAAGAGAAUAUCGUCACGUCUACGCCAAUUCGAGGAAUGACACUGCACGCUUCAAAAUCAAAUGAUGGCUUUUCACAAGUGGAAGAGGAGUUGAAACAUACAGAAGAAUACGCCGACGAAAUACCUCUGACCGCAGAAUUAUUCUCCAGUAUCAUCAACAUUUCUUCGGAAGAAUUACUGGAGGAAAAUAAUGACGACGAGAACGAAUCAAUGAAUAACACUUGCUUAGACAUCCAUGAUGACGAGUUAUUUCAAAUCGUGCAAGAUGGUUUCAAGAGUUCAUCUGACUGCUUGAAUCUUGUUCAAGAAGCAGGUUUAGAAUACGUCGCAGGAUUCGUCGCUCACAAAUUCAAAGCGAAAUAUUUAUCUUUAGGGAGUACUGAACAUGAAGGUGGAACCACAACAAAAUGGAUUCAAGCAGUUUCUAAAGGUUAUCUCACCAAUCCUUCAGCAGAGCUCCUAAACGCGAGCAAAGUCGUUGAAAAGUGUUUCACACAAUUCCAUGGCGACUAUUUCUCAAAAGAAAACUUUGUGAUAAGCAAAGUUGUGGCACUCGUGAAAAAUAGUGCAGAUUAUCUUAACGAAAUACCUGAUGAAGUACUUCAAUAUUUAGUAAAAACUCGCACGUACAUAAGAGUUCGAGAGAUAAGCAGACGGUCUUAUGCGGUAAAUGAGAAGAAGAAAAAGGAUAAAAAAAUGAAAAAAAUUCGUUCCAGCACAGUUUAG